CGAACGGCGGGUGUAAAGGUCGGUGCGGAGUGUAUUGCCCAUGAUGUCCACAGCUUCAUUUUUUCAAAUUCCAACAAAAGGAACAGUGUAUUGUACACUAUCACAGCGCCGCAUUCCACAACAAAUGCAUGUGUUCUGUCGUUGUGACCGUUGUGGACACACUGUCAAUCGUUAUCGUGAAAAUGCUUGAGGUUGAGUGAAUGAAGAACAGCCACAACAACAAGGAAGAACGUGUUCAACACCGACACCCUAUGGUAUAACUGAUGAACGGUACAGCUACAAUGAGGAAGUAUCUUCUAUUCCUGCUCAUUUUUGGGAAAGUUCUAGCUGUCACAAAGGCGUUUGAAUGUUGGAAGUGUAACAGCAAGGACAAUGAAGAAUGCAGAAUGGAGAACCCAUAUCUUGAAUCCAAGUUGAAGGAAACGUGCAGCGAUGGAGUGACAUCAUGUAUAAAAAUAACCGGGGGAGUGUCCGACAUCACAUAUCGCCAAUGUUCAGCCCCAACUGACACAAAAUGUUUCGAGCUGAGUUUUGAUUGCAUCGGUGAUGACCCUUGUAUUUUGAACUACUGUUGUAAACAUGGACUUUGUAAUGGUGCUUCUCUAGUGACCUUUGACCUUUCUUUCUAUACUUUUGUGUUGAUCACCAUGAUAUUGUUCAAAUAGUUUGCAAAGGGGAUGGUACAAUGAAUUAUGCACUGAAAUAAUCAGAUCUAGUAUAGUAUGCAAGCCUUUUGCGAUUUAGAUUUGAAUAAUGUCUGGUAACAGGACUUGCUUAGUCACAAUGUACCGCUUACUUUUGAACUCCUCAGACUAUAGACCGUAUUAUUAUUAUUAUUAUUAUUAUUAUUCAUGGUUUAUUUAUUAAAACACUGCAAUAC